AUGAACCUCCUCUACCGAAAAACCAAGCUGGAGUGGAGGCAGCACAAGGAAGAGGAGGCCAAGAGGAGCUCCAGUAAGGAGGUGGCUCCCACAGGCCCGGCGGCGGGGCCCGGGGCUGGCCCAGGGCCGGGUGUCCGCGUGCGGGACAUCGCCUCGCUGCGCCGCUCUCUCAGGAUGGGCUUCAUGACGAUGCCCGCCUCCCAGGAGCACACCCCCCACCCCUGCCGCAGCGCCAUGGCCCCUCGAUCCCUGUCCUGCCACUCGGUGGGCAGCAUGGACAGUGUGGGGAGCGGGCCUGGCGGGGGCGGCGGGGGCCUCACUGAGGAUGGCGGCACCCGAAGACCCCCGGCCAAGCCCCGGAGGCACCCCAGCACCAAGCUUAGCAUGGCCGGGUCGGGGGCAGAGACGCCCCCCAGCAAGAAAGCAGGCUCUCAGAAGCCAACCCCCGAGGGCCGCGAGUCCGGCCGGAAGGUCCCUCCGCAGAAGCCCAGGCGAAGCCCCAACACCCAGCUGUCGGUCUCCUUCGAUGAGUCCUGUCCCCCAGCCCCCUCCCCUCGAGGGGGGAACCUGCCCCUUCAGCGCCUGAGCAGGGGCUCCUGUGUGGCCGGGGACCCUGAGGCGGGCGCCCAGGAAGAAGAGCCCGUGUACAUCGAGAUGGUGGGCGAUGUCUUCAAGGGCGGAGGGCGGAGUGGAGGAGGCCUGACGGGGCCCCCUCUGGGGGGUGGGGGCCCGACCCCUCCGGCUGGCGCUGACUCGGACUCGGAUGAGAGUGAGGCCAUCUAUGAGGAGAUGAAGUACCCGCUGCCCGAGGAGCCCGGGGAAGGCCGGGCCAAUGGGGUCCCUGCACUGACUGCAGCCUCCACGCCACACCAGCCUCACGCCCUUCAGCCCCACACCCACCGCCGGCCAGCUUCAGCCCUCCCGAGCCGAAGGGAUGGCACGCCCACCAAGACCACUUCUUGUGAAAUUCCCCCGCCCUUCCCCAACCUCCUCCAGCACCGGCCUCCGCUCCUGGCCUUCCCCCAAGCCAAGUCUGCUUCCCGAACCCCCGGGGACGGGGUCUCGAGGCUACCGGUCCUCUGCCACUCCAAGGAGCCAGCUGGCUCCACCCCAGCUCCCCAAGUGCCUGCCCGGGAGCGGGAGACGCCUCCCCUACCGCCUCCGCCUCCCGCUGCCAACCUGCUGCUGCUGGGACCCUCGGGCCGAGCCCGGAGCCACUCAACACCAUUGCCGCCCCAGGGCUCUGGCCAGCCCCGGGGGGAGCGGGAGCUCCCCAAUUCCCACAGCAUGAUCUGCCCCAAGGCGGUAGGGGCGCCAGCAGCCCCUCCUGCCCCGGCUGCCUUGCUCCCCGGCGCCCCCAAGGACAAGGCCGUGUCUUACACCAUGGUGUACUCAGCAGUCAAGGUGACCACGCACUCCGUCCUGCCAGCUGGCCCGCCCCUGGGUGCUGGGGAGCCAAAGACGGAGAAGGAAAUCGCAGUCCUCCAUGGGAUGCUGUGCACCAGCUCGAGGCCCCCUGUGCCCGGGAAGUCCAGCCCCCACAGCGGGGCUCUGGGUGCAGCAGCUGGGGUUCUCCACCACCGCGCCUGCCUGGCCUCCCCACACAGCCUUCCGGAUCCAACCACAGGCCCCCUGACCCCCCUCUGGACCUACCCAGCUGCAGUAGCUGGGCUCAAGAGACCCCCUGCCUAUGAGAGCCUCAAGGCUGGGGGGGUGCUGAAUAAGGGCUGUGGGAUGGGAGCUCCGUCCCCCAUGGUCAAGAUCCAGCUGCAAGAGCAAGGGACCGAUGGGGGGGCCUUUGCCAGCAUCUCCUGUGCCCACGUCAUCGCCAGUGCAGGGACGCCAGAGGAGGAGGAAGAGGAGAUGGGCGCCUCGAUGUUUGGGGCAGGCUGGGCUCUGCAGCGGAAGGUCCUGUAUGGAGGGAGGAAGGCAAAGGAGCUGGACAAGAUCGAGGAUGGUGCCCGGGCCUGGAAUGGCAGUGCUGAGGGUAUAGGCAAGGUGGAGCGUGAGGACAGAGGCCCUGUGGCAUCAGGGAUCCCGGUGAGGAGCCAGGGGGCAGAGGGCCUGCUGGCCAGGAUCCACCACGGAGGGGACCGAGGAGGAGGCCGCACGGCGCUGCCCAUACCCUGCCAGACCUUCCCCGCCUGCCACCGCAACGGAGACUUCACUGGAGGCUACCGCCUGGGGCGUUCUGCCUCCACCUCCGGAGUCCGGCAGGCUGCGCUCCACACCCCCCGGCCCUGCAGCCAGCCCAGGGAUGCCCCGAGCCAGACCCAGCCUGCGCUGCCGCUGCCGCUGCCCCUGCCGCCCCAGCCCGCCCGCGAGCGCGACGGCAAGCUGCUGGAGGUGAUAGAGCGCAAGCGCUGCGUGUGCAAGGAGAUCAAGGCGCGCCACCGGCCCGACCGCGGCCUCUGCAAGCAGGAGAGCAUGCCCAUCCUCCCCAGCUGGCGGCGCGGGCCGGAGCCCCGCAAGUCCGGCACGCCGCCCUGCCGCCGGCAGCACACGGUCCUCUGGGACACGGCCAUCUGAGGGGGGCGGGCGGCCGGGGCCCAGGGGCGGGCGGGGCUCCCGGCUCUCCCGGAGACUGGCCUCGAAAGAGGGGCGCUUUAAGGACCAGGUGAGAGAGAGCCGCCGGGGAGAAGCCCCCGCUGCCCUCCACCCUAACCCCCGUCCCCCAGAGACGGGGAGUCGGCCUGGGGUGCCAAGCCGCAAACCCCAGGAAAGUGAGGGAGGGGUUGCUUGAAGUUGGGAGUGAGGGCCUCUUGCUGCUCUCCCCUCUGAGCAAAGUAGACCUCCCCACCCCAGGCCAGCAUGGGGGAGGAGGGAAGGGUCAGGGAGGAAAGGGGGUCGGGUCAGCGAGGGACAGAGAGUGAGAGGUAGAAGGGGCUCUCUUAGAGAGUGGGGGAGGUGGUAAUUAUUUUGUUGUUUAUUUCGGUCUGGUGGACAAUUCUGGGCCCGUCUGAUCCACUCCUGAACAAGGAGUGGGGAAUCGCGGGCAAGUAAAGGGAACCAAGUUGGCAUUCUCCCCAGUGCCCAGAGGCCCCGCCAUCCACGCUGUGCCCUCCCCGCCCCCUCCACUCCCCGCCAAGCCAGGGACAGACAGGUCUGGAGAGCAGUGGGGCCGCAGAAGGGAGGGGCUGUAAGAGUGGAGAGUCGAGUCAGGAGGGCCAGAGGGCUCAUUCACAGUAUUUACCGGUCGCCAGUAUUGGGUAGUGAGCUUGGCCUGCUCCGAACCGGGCAUCUUAUUUAGCUCCAGGGUGAGGGUCUAGCACCAGGGAUGGGCGGGAUGAUGGGGAAAGAGGGGAAUU